AUGAUUCAGCCAUUAGUGCUAGUCGUGCGCUAUGACCUCAAGGAGAUCGCCUUCCCGUCGUCGCUGCCCGAUCCUCCACACAUCAAGAAGAGGCCUAAGCUCACAUGGCACGACCACUGGUGCAUCCUCAAGGAGGUCACUCGGCUGUACAGUGUGUCCUGGGUCAGGGACAUCAGCCCCGACCUCAGGCCAAACGACUACAAGAAGGCAGCAGAAAACGAUGAGGAGCCAUCCAAUGGCAAGCCCAGCUCUGACAAUGGCAAGAAAGGGAAGAGCAGCGAGCCCAGUGUGCUGGAGGACCUUGCGGUGGUGGCAAGGGGUGGUGUAGAGACUCUGAAGCCUACGCUAAGGCGGAUUUACAUGACCCGCGCCGCGACGUACACGGACGCCAUGAAGAAUUUUGUGGAAACGUAUCAGGAGGGACUCAAGGACCAGCUGCAGGAGAAGGCUGCUGAUGGGGAGGCUGGUCGUCAGCAACCGCAGCAGGGUGAUGAGGCGAUGCUGAAACCGCCGCCGCCGCCAUCUUCAUCAUGAUAUCAUCAUCGGCUUUAUUUCAGCAGAUGAUCAAUGCCAUCACAAGUUUUUGCUUGCAGCACAUCCUUGAAUUUGUUGUGCAAUCCACCGGUCAUGAUACAUGCUGAAAUAACUAUUUAUCACUUGAGCAAGGAUCUCAAAAAUCAGAUGACUUGUAUUCAUGCGAUCUGAUUCUACAAACCUAGGUGAUGCGAACUAGCACACACUUGUGAGUGAGCUCUGGCUUUGCUGUUGCUACCAAUAUGUGACGCCGAUUGCCACUGUUCAUUUCUGUUUGCUGAUUGAAAUGCGUAUGGUUGUGAAGUUUGUCUUUUA